UGUCUGAAGCUGUGUUGAUAAAGUUAUGUAUUCAAAAUCAGGCAGCAAUGGCGGCUCCCAUGUCGUGGAGGAGCUUGUUGUCCUGUCUUAAAAGACCGGCUGUCUCCGGGGUUUUAACCCGAAUUUCUGACCGGUUAUUCCGGAGAAAGGAGCGGAGCAGAGGGUCGUCUGUGUUCCUGCUGGCGCCCCUGCUGGGAGAGGUUCGACCCCUCCCUGCGCUGGCUCAGCCUCGCCCCCCUGCCUGCCCCGCCACCUCGGAGGGGCUGCUGCAGCGCUUCCACUGGGUCGCGGACCAGGUGCCAGCUUUCCGGGUCUCGGGGGGGCAGGUGCACGUGCUGCACUCCCCUGAUGAGUUCUAUCAGAUCAUGAAGGCAAAUAUUAAGACUGCUAAGAGGAGGGUAGUGAUGGCUUCCCUGUAUCUAGGAACAGGACCCCUGGAACAAGAGCUGGUGGACUGCCUACAGGAGGCGCUAAAGAGGUCCAGAGAGGAGAGAAUGGCCCCUGACCUCAAGGUGUCUAUUCUGCUGGAUUAUUCCCGAGGAUCUAGAGGUAAGAAGAACUCUCGGAGCAUGCUGCUGCCCCUGCUGCAGAGGUUCCCUGGUCAGAUGCGCGUCUCUCUGUACCACACCCCCGACCUGCGCGGAGUCCUCAAGACUCUCGUCCCCGAGCGCUUCAACGAGACCAUCGGCUUGCAGCACAUCAAGGUCUACGUGUUCGACGACAACCUCAUCAUCAGUGGAGCUAAUCUGAGCGACUCGUACUUCACUAACCGGCAGGAUCGGUACAUCUUGCUGCGGGACUGUGCGGAGCUGGCAGAUUUCUUCUCUGAGCUGGUGGGUGCUGUGGGCGACGUGUCCUUGCAGCUGCAGCGGGACGACACGGUGCAGGUGAAGGAGGGCAUGGUGCACCCCUACAAAGGCGACCACUCUGAAUUCUGCACAGUGGCCAGCAAGCGAAUCAUGCAGGUAGUGGACUUGGCCCGGGCCAGGCAGCAGCUCAGCGCUUCCACGACGGAGGAGACCCAGCGGCGGCAGGGGCCUGGGGACACGUUGGUCUUCCCGCUGGUGCAGAUGAAGCCACUCGGGAUUCGUCUGGAUGAGAUGGUGACCAAGCGGCUGCUGACGGAGGCAGGGGACGAUUCCCGAGUCUUCCUCACCUCCGGCUACUUCAACCUCACCCGCGCCUACAUGGAGCUGGUCCUGGGCACCAGGGCCGACUACCGCAUCCUGCUGGCGUCUCCAGAGGUCAACGGCUUUUUCGGUGCCAAGGGUGUGGCCGGAGCGAUCCCGGCAGCCUAUAUCCACAUUGCCAGGCAGUUCUACAGCAAGGUGUGCCGGGGGGGCCAGCAGGACCGAAUCCGGCUGCAUGAGUACAUCAGGAGGGACUGGACCUUCCAUGCCAAGGGUCUCUGGUACUAUUUCCAGGGGAGCGAGCGACCCUGCCUCACUCUGAUUGGCUCCCCCAAUUUCGGGUACCGCUCUGUGCACAGGGACCUGGAAGCCCAGCUUGCUAUAGUCACAGAGAACCAGGGUCUGCAGGCAGAGUUACAGCAGGAGCAGGAGCGACUGUACGCCAUGUCAACCGAAGUGUCACCUUCGACGUUUGAGCAGCCAAACCGCACCGUGAAGCUUUGGGUGAAGCUGGUUACCCCUCUCAUCAAAAACUUCUUCUGAAAGGAAGGAAACCCUGCAUGUGUUCCGCAGUGUGACGCUGGAAAUUAACCAAUUCUUUGAAAAUAAAGGAAGGAAUCAGCCAAAUUUGAACCAAGUCUCUCAAGGAGGAAGAGUACAGCAUUUCACUGAAUUAACACCCUGCACCAAAAGUAAAGCUGGCAUUAGCAUUAUUAUUAUUAUUAUUAUUAUUUAUUUCUUAGCAGAUGCCCUUAUCCAGGGCGACUUACAGUCGUAAACAAAAAUACAUUUCAAGAAUAUUACAUUUUGUGAUGUGGACCUGGGGAUAAAUUGUGAUGCUCACCUUGGUUUCAUUUGAGACUUGAACUGGAUUCAAAGCCAAACCUCAUCUUUUUUUUUGACGAUAAUCUCCUCCCGAGAACAAUCUCCUUCUAGAGAGGCGAGUAAUGAAUACAGUGGAUGAUACAAGUCAUAAGAAUGCAUCAAGAAAAACAGUUACAAGUUCGAAAACAUAAAGACAACAAAUUAGACCGCAAAGUUAGUUUGAACUUUAAGUUAGAAACUGAUUAGAGGUUUUGGUGGAGCCAGAGCCAGCUGAAGCAGCUGUGUGGCGCUGCCGUGCUGGAGCACAGCCAACCCGACGGGAAAGGCGAAAUUAAAAAGGAAAGGCUGCCCUCUUGUGGCUAAUAAAUCAAUCUCUAUUUAAUUAAGGCAUAGAAUUAGUCAUUAUUCUUUCAUAUUUAUUUGCUGUUCCCUCAAGUAAAGGACAAGACUGCACUGUUAUUUCCCCAAGCAGCAUAUGAUAGUGGCAACCUCUUUUACAAAAUGAAUCAUGCAGCUUAAUGUGUCUGUAUUAAAGUAAGUACAUUACACAACCCUCUCUAUUGGCAUAAAACAAAGUUGGAUAAUUUAGCUUUUGAUCAUUAAGCUGCCAACUAAACCAUGAUGAAUCAUUUAUUGUGUCCCUGGUACUUUUGAAUUAGGCAAAUUGCAUUUAAUAUCAUAAUAAAAUGGAUUUACAAUAAUACCUAUUGUUCAGGAUCCCAUUGGGAUCAGAGGAAUAUCGUUGUUAUCUUUAUUUUUGUGUAAGAACACAUAGAGUGUUGAACAUAUCCAAGUCCUGGACAAAGAACAGUGCUUGUAGUGCAGCAGAGUUCUCUCAUGUAAAGGCUCCAGAACUGGCAAAGUUUCAUACAAAUUACCAGGUGUCAGGCCAAUGGUGGAGAUCUAUUAAAACUGUUCCUUAAUGCUCUUUUCAUUGGAGCGUUGAUAAUGUCACAUUUUGAGGAAAGCAUUUUCUUUAGACUGGUACGGUAGCCUUUUUGUAGAGGUCAGUCUGAAUUGCCAAAGGACCAGUAUACACCAUCUACUCUCUAAUAAUCCAUUUGAAGUUUUUUUUUUUACAGUAAACGCUUUAAAUUGGUUAAGACCACUUUCAUACCUGACUGUGGCAGAAGCAUAUUUUGGAAAAUCAAUACGAAUAAGUAAUGUGAAUGCACUUCAUUUUAUUUUCUUUUGUUUUUUUUUGCUGCCCUUCUGAUAUUGUUGCAAGCUUGAUUUUUAGAUUGGUUGUAUUCUCAUAGGCAGCUUGAUUUUUAGAUUGGUUGUAUUCUCCUAGGCGGCUUGGUUUUUGGAUUGGUUGUAUUCUCAUAGGCGGCUUGAUUUUUAGAUUGGUUGUAUUCUCAUAGGCGGCUUGAUUUUUAGAUUGGUUGUACUCUCAUAGGCGGCUUUGUGGUCCAGUGGUUAAAGAAAGGGGCUUGUUACCAGGAGGUUCCAGGUUCAAUCCCAGCUCAGCCACUGACUCACUGUGUGUGACCCUGAGCAAGUCACUUAACCUCCUUGUGCUCCGUCCUUCGGAUGAGAAUUAAACCGGGGCCCUUAUUCUAAGUGACUCUGCAGCAGCAGUUGUGAUGCACAGUUUACUCCCCGAGUCUCUGUAAGUCACUUUGGAUAAAAGCGUCUGCCUAAUAAUAAUUCAAAAACUAUAGUAUGACAUUAUGUACAUUUUUGUGGUGGGGUUCAAAACUGACUCUAAAAGGUUUGAAAAAGAACAUAAUCAUGCCAAGGUUCAUGCAGGUUAAUCUUUGUUAUUUGGCUUUCCAACAUCUGUUUAACAUUUGUAAUGCUACUAAAAUAUAUAACCAAGUCUAAAUUACACUUGGCUGACCUCUCUCU